AUGGUGCCUUUUGAAAAUCCCCACGGACCCUCAAAUCCGUGGAAAGUCUUUUAUCCUUGCGUCUCGCUUCGGUAUUUACUACCCGGAGAAAAGGCUUUGUACCAUGCCAUUAUUGCGCAUUCGGCUUUCAACCUGGCCAAUUUAGGUCCAGAUAACGCUUCAUCGAUGCGAUUGCGAUCAGCUACAAAACACUACAAUAUUUCUAUCCAAUACGUGAACGAAAGCAUCGGCGGCCAAUCUAAGAAAUGGAAGCAUCAUCUUCAGGGGGCAUGGGCACUCCUCCUUGACCCGCACAGUUUCGACUCCUGGGAUGAAUCUCCAUUUACACGUUUCUCGAUUCAAAGUUUACUUAUUGUGAGGAUCAUCAGUGGCACCGCUCUGGGAGGUGGAGAGAGUCAUUCGCAUGACCUUUCUUUGCAGCAUACAUCGUCGGAGCCAAAUUUUGACUCUUCGCACGGCCGCAACUCCAGAGAUCUCUCAUUAAUCUCUUCAAUCUUGUCAACCUCUGAAUUCGGAUUCACCAUUGGGGCACAUAAGUCUUUGCUCGAGUGCAUAUCAUCCAUAACAGAGGCCAGCCACAAAAUGCAGUUGGGCAUAACUUCCGAAGACUCUUUCAAAGUUGAUAUUACGAUCGCUCGUGUGUUAAGCUGUCUGGAAGAUAUACGCACGCAGCUAGAGGGAAAUAAUUUGGCGGGAACUGAAGGACAGAAUUCCGAGUCCCUGGCUCGGAACCUGGCGCGAUACCAACUGAGCGCAUUCCUAUAUGCCACAUACAUCUAUCUUUAUCGAUCACUUUUACAUGUGCCCCCACGUCGAGUUGCGAAGUAUGUGGAACUAGUAUUUUCCAAUACACAGGCAUUUUAUUCUGAGGACAGAGGGAAUUUCUCUCUAUGGCCGGCAUUCAUCGCUGCAGUGGAGGCUUAUACGGAAUCCGACAUCGGCUCGGCAAAGGAGUGGCUUGAACAAUCCAGCCAUUUCGGGCUUGGAAACAGACGGAAAAUAAAACAUAUUGUCGAAUAUGUAUGGAGAAAAAGGGAUCGAAUGCAUUUGGAGCGGAAUAUGGACAAGGGUCUUGUAGCAAUAGAUUGGAGGGAAAUCGGUCUCGACACGGAUAUCCUCUUAGUUUGA